AUGGAACACAGACAGACCUAUGGGAACACUCGGGAACCGCUCUUGGAAAACCUGACUAGCGAGUAUGACUUGGAUCUUUUCCAAAGAGCACAAGCUCGGGCUUCAGCGGAUUUGGAGAAGUUAAGGCUGCAAGGCCAAAUCACUGAGGGGAGCAACAUGAUUAAAACAAUUGCUUUUGGUCGUUAUGAGCUCGACACUUGGUACCAUUCUCCUUAUCCCGAAGAAUAUGUACGACUGGGACGGCUCUACAUGUGCGAAUUCUGUUUAAAAUACAUGAAGAGCCAAACAAUACUUUGCCGACACAUGGCUAAAUGUGUGUGGAAACACCCACCUGGCGAUGAGAUCUAUCGCAAAGGCUCCAUCUCCGUGUUUGAAGUGGAUGGCAAGAGAAACAAGAUCUACUGCCAAAACCUGUGCCUGUUGGCCAAGCUUUUUCUGGACCACAAGACAUUAUAUUAUGAUGUGGAACCCUUCCUGUUUUAUGUUAUGACUGAAGCGGACAAUACCGGCUGUCACUUGAUUGGGUAUUUUUCCAAGGAAAAUAAUUCAUUCCUCAACUACAAUGUGUCAUGUAUCGUCACCAUGCUUCACAUGAGACAGGGCUAUGGCAAGAUGCUCAUUGAUUUCAGUUACUUGCUUUCCAAAGUGGAAGAAAAAGUUGGCUCCCCGGAGUGUCCCCUCUCUGACCUGGGGCUCAUAAGCUAUUGCAGUUACUGGAAAGAAGUGCUUCUCCGUUACCUGCAUAAUUUCCAAGGCAAAGAGAUUUCUAUCAAAGAAAUUAGCCAGGAGACAGCUGUGAAUCCUGUGGACGUUGUCAGUACUCUGCAAGCCCUUCAGAUGCUCAAGUACUGGAAAGGAAAACAUCUAGUUCUAAAGAGACAGGACCUGAUUGAUGAGUGGAUAGCCAAAGAGGCCAAAAGAUCUAACUCCAAUAAAACCAUGGAUCCAAGCUGUUUAAAAUGGACCCCUCCCAAGGGCACUUAAAGUGACCUGUUACUCUGAGCCAGUGAACCCCAGCAGUAGGAAUCCGUACCCUAGGGAUCUGUCAUUUCUGUUGCUCUUUUGAUUGGCAAGUACAGUAUCCUUUGGGAAGGCCAUCCCCCUCAGGACUGUCCUGGCUCCGACCCUCAUGUACACUGCAGACGCUGGUUCUGAGGAACUGUUGUUUCGGCCUCAGUGAGGUUGCCUGGAUGGGAUCGCUGUUUAGACUUGAGUGCAAAUCCCUCGUAGCACUGACCCAAGGUGUUCUGUUUGGUACUGUACCUGUCCAGUCACUGGUUCUCCUCAUGUCCUCUAGCCCCAUGAGGUUGUGUUGUGUCUUCUAAACUUUGUACCAGUGCUUCUUGCUGCCCGGAUACCAGACUUCAAACCAUGGUUGCCACCACCAGGACCCUUCCAAUUACUCCUUACAUGCGGUUUUUUGGAAGAGCAGGGAAGAGGUAACAUUUCUGAGUGUGUGUACUAGGAGGGGUCCAUGCCCUUUGGAUUUUAUCUCACUUGAAAUUUUUUCUGCCAUUUUUAUUGAAAGGCCGGUUUUUGAUCCGUGUCAAGCUGACAAGAGACCAAUAUUUUUUAAAACUCUCCCAGGGAUUCGUCUUGGUAACUGCACAUAACUUAUCAGAAUGAAAUGGAGAGAAUUGACAGGUGGUGAUUCUGUAAUUUGAUUUGAGUUCACCUGUGCGCCUCGUGUGUCAGUGGAAGGAAACCAGUCCUCUUUGCCUCACCAGAAAGUGCCCAGCCCUAAAUGUUUUCCUCUCUCGUAAGCCCUUGCUCCUUUUUACAUUGGCAGGGGCUAAACAGUGUCCGGUUAUCCCUUUCAUGUUGCAUGCUAACCA